CACUCGUUUAAUAACCAGUGAUAACGAAUAACGCCCAUCGCUACUUCGGUCAUCGGUCGGUCCGGCUGUUCGAUUUCUCAUUUUUUCGAUCGCUAUUUGCAAAAGAUCAAAGUAAUUCACCAUGGACAAGUUGCAAUUAGUAUCGUCGAACAAAAUCUUCGGUGGCUACCAGAAGGUGUAUAGCCAUGAAUCUGCAGAAUUGAAAUGCAAGAUGAAUUUUUCAAUUUACCUCCCACCCCAGGCCGAGGGAGAUGUGAAGCUGCCAGUCAUUUUCUAUUUGUCUGGACUUACAUGCAAUGAACAGAACUUUAUCACAAAAUCAGGGUUUCAAAGAUAUGCUGCUGAGCAUGGAAUUAUUGUUGUGGGACCCGACACAUCUCCUAGGGGAGUGAAGGUGCCUGGUGAUGAUGAAUCAUGGGAUUUCGGUGUUAGUGCUGGCUUCUACCUUGAUGCCACCAAGGAGCCAUGGUCAAACAACUACAAGAUGGCCAGUUACUUGAACACUGAAUUAUAUGACCUCGUACAAAUAGCUUUCAGCAAUGUUGUGGACCCAGACAGAAUUGGGAUCAUGGGACAUAGUAUGGGAGGUCAUGGUGCCCUUGUAUCUACCCUAAGAAACCCAGGCCUUUACAAAUCAGUCAGUGCAUUUGCACCAAUUUGUAAUCCUACUAAAUGUCCCUGGGGAGAGAAGGCUUUCUCUGGAUAUCUUGGUGAAGACAAGAGUAAAUGGGUUGAGUGGGAUGCUACAGAAUUGGUUAAGAAGUACAACGGUCCUCCACUAACUCUGCUCAUAGACCAGGGAGCUGGGGACAAAUUUUACAUUGAGAAACAACUGCUUCCUGAAAACUUGGUGGAGGCUUGCCGUUCUGUUAAUGUGCCAGUCAUACUCAAAUUGCGAGAGGAUUACGAUCAUUCCUACUACUACAUCUCUUCAUUCAUCGGAGAACACUUUGAUUUCCAUGCAAAGAUACUCAAAAGUUAAAAAAACCGCCGCGCACUUGUGAAAAAAGUUGACUUAGUCAACUCUAAUCUACAAAUCAUGCAUUUUAAAGUGUAUUUACGUAUAUUUUUGUUGUAAAUAAUAUUUGUCACAUUAAGAGAUAAUAAUAUUACUAUGUUUAUAAA